CGCACCCGCGAGCUGCAACCCGAGGGGCGGGGAUUUUCGUGGAGCGACGGGACGCGACGCCAAUCGCAGCGAGGCUUCGCCCCGUGGCGCGGUUUGAAAUUUUGCGGGGCUCAACGGCUCACGGAGCGGCUACCCGGAGUGAGAUCGCCGGUGUUUGCGGGUGGUUGUUGCUCUCGUGGCCGUGUUGAGUAGGUCUAGACCUGGACUGACGGCUGCUUGGAGCGUCUGCCAUGAGGAGAAGUGAGGUGCUGGCGGAGGAGUCCAUAGUAUGUCUGCAGAAAGCCCUAAAUCACCUUCGAGAAAUAUGGGAGCUAAUUGGGAUUCCAGAGGACCAGCGGUUACAAAGAACUGAGGUGGUAAAGAAGCAUAUCAAGGAACUCCUGGAUAUGAUGAUUGCUGAAGAGGAAAGCCUGAAGGAAAGACUCAUCAAAAGCAUAUCCGUCUGUCAAAAAGAGCUGAGCACGCUGUGCAGCGAGUUACGUGUUGAGCCAUUUCAGGAAGAAGGAGAGACAACCAUCUUGCAACUAGAAAAAGAUUUGCGCACCCAGGUGGAAUUGAUGCGAAAACAGAAAAAGGAGAGAAAACAGGAACUGAAGCUACUUCAAGAGCAAGAUCAAGAACUGUGUGAAAUUCUUUGUAUGCCCCGCUAUGAUAUUGACAGUGCCUCAGUGCCCAGCUUAGAGGAGCUGAACCAGUUCAGGCAACAUGUGACAACUUUGAGGGAAACAAAGGCUUCUAGGCGUGAGGAGUUUGUCAGUAUAAAGAGACAGAUCAUACUGUGUAUGGAAGAAUUAGACCACACCCCAGACACAAGCUUUGAAAGAGAUGUGGUGUGUGAAGACGAAGAUGCCUUUUGUUUGUCUUUGGAGAAUAUUGCAACACUACAAAAGUUGCUACGGCAGCUGGAAAUGCGGAAAUCACAAAAUGAAGCAGUGUGUGAGGGGCUGCGUGCUCAAAUCCGAGAGCUCUGGGACAGGUUGCAAAUACCUGAAGAAGAAAGAGAAGCUGUGGCCACCAUUAUGUCUGGGUCAAAGGCCAAGGUCCGGAAAGCGCUGCAAUUAGAAGUGGAUCGGUUGGAAGAACUGAAAAUGCAAAACAUGAAGAAAGUGAUUGAGGCAAUUCGAGUGGAGCUGGUUCAGUACUGGGACCAGUGCUUUUAUAGCCAGGAGCAGAGACAAGCUUUUGCCCCUUUCUAUGCUGAGGACUACACAGAAAAUCUGCUCCAGCUCCACGAUGCUGAGAUUGUGCAGUUAAAAAACUACUAUGAAGUUCACAAGGAACUCUUCGAAGGUGUCCAGAAGUGGGAAGAAACCUGGAGGCUUUUCUUAGAGUUUGAGAGGAAAGCUUCAGAUCCGAAUCGAUUUACAAACCGAGGAGGAAAUCUUCUAAAAGAAGAAAAACAACGAGCCAAGCUCCAGAAAAUGCUUCCUAAGCUGGAAGAAGAGUUGAAGGCACGAAUUGAACUGUGGGAACAGGAACAUUCAAAGGCAUUUAUGGUGAAUGGGCAGAAAUUCAUGGAGUAUGUGGCAGAACAAUGGGAGAUGCAUCGAUUGGAGAAAGAGAGAGCCAAGCAGGAAAGACAACUCAAGAACAAAAAACAGACAGAGACAGAGAUGCUCUAUGGCAGCGCUCCUCGAACACCGAGCAAGCGGCGAGGACUGGCUCCCAACACACCGGGCAAAGCACGUAAGCUGAACACUACCACCAUGUCCAAUGCUACGGCCAAUAGUAGCAUUCGGCCUAUCUUUGGAGGGACAAUCUACCACUCCCCUGUGUCUCGACUUCCUCCUUCUGGCAGCAAGCCAGUUGCUGCUUCCACCUGUUCAGGGAAGAAAACACCCCGUACUGGCAGGCAUGGAGCCAACAAGGAGAACCUGGAGCUCAACGGCAGCAUCCUGAGUGAAGGAUCCGUCCCUCUCUGACAGUUCCACUGUUGGGCUUCAGGUCUGUAUGGCAACCCCUGCACGUCCCAUGUCCCUUUUCCAAACUGAUCUGUCAUCUGCUGGCUUCAUUCAUCUGGGCACAGGGCUACACUAACCAAUAAUCUCGGCAGUGUUACAAAGGAAGCAGGAAUUCCUAUCAUGGACUCAAAAAAAACACAUCUGAUUUACAUUCACAACAGAUUAAUAAGAAAAUUUGUUCAGACUUGAAUUGGAUUCUCAGCCCCUAAAGUCAGGCAGUUUUAAAUCGUGUUUUAACAGAAAACCUUGACCCUCCCCAAUUGUGACAUCAAAGGCCUGCAGUAGCUGGAAAGAAUAGAGGCCCCAUCACAUGGGGAAGGGAGCCCCAGCUGUGUGCUGCCUACAAUGAGGCUCUUGGCCUGUGUGCUGAUUAUUUCCUGGAGUAUAUGCCUUCCUAACCUCAGGGCUCAACUGCCAGCUCUGUCUAUUCUCAGCUAGCUAAUGCCGAUUUCCUCACCUUUGCCUCUUUCCAUACAUUGAGCUACUGAAGCAUAGAUGAAGCAUUGGAAGCAAGUUUUUCCAGAAUGCUCUUCACUUCCUAGUAUCCUACUCUAUAUCUGCUAACACCUAAUUACACUGCCUUUUACUUAAUCUAUCUUCUCUUCUCUCAAUAUUUUACUAGCAAGAGGUGAGGAUGUCCCUCACCCUUGAGGGGAUGUUGAGUUAAACCCCUAGCCUGCCUCCCCUCUUAAUUGCUGCAGGGAUGGCGAAUGGAACAGUUGGCCAAGGCUGCAGCUAAUUUUAAUCACUGAAACUGGCUUCCUACUCCAGCAAGUUUUUCAAAUUACAUGGCUGGUGGUGCUUCUACCUAUAAAAGUGGGUGUGUGUCACUCUGGCUGACUGCUGGACAGAGGUCCAGCUUUCUCUUUUUUGCUUGUUCAACCAAGGCCCAUUUUAUCUAGUUGAGGCUUAAAUGUACCUGCCUAUCUCUGUGGCUAGUCCUAGGUAGGUUCAUCUGGUUUGAGUUGCUAAGGCUGAUAGACUCCACCAGGCAGCACCAAAGCCGGUAAACUAACCUCUGCUAAUAUCUGUCUUUCUCAAUGGCCAUUCAUGCUUUAUCUUUUGCUGCUAUACCAUGUGCUCCAGCAUGAGAUCAAAUCACCAGCAGGUUACAAGGCCUCAGCCCCAGGGAUUGGUAGAUAUAUGUUCUGGCCCAUUGUUUUAUAGAGGGCUUCAGGAGACCAAAGCUUGUUGCCUACUUGACGACUCUAAAGUAGCUUUGUGAAGUAGAGUCAUGCCUCACUUAAUGACAGGGAUAUGUUCUGAGAAUGUGUGGGGCAAUUUCAUUGUGCACAUAUCAGUGUGUACUUAACAGUCCUAGACAGUACAGCCUACACACCUAAGCUAUAUGGUAUGGCGUUUUCCUCCUAGGCUACAAACCUGGGCAGCAUGUUACAGAAGGAAUACUAUAGGCAAUUGUGGGUUUUUUUGAUUCAGGCUGGGAUACUGUAGGCAGUUGUAACGCAAUGGUAAGUAUUUGUGUAUCUAAACAUAAGAAAAGGUACAGUAAAAAUACGGUAUAAUCUUAUGGGACCACCAUAGUGUAUGUGGCCUGUUGUUAACUGAAACGUCAUUAUGUGGUGCAUGACUGUAUGAAGGAUUUCUCUUCUCUGAGGUGUAACAGAAGGGACUGGCUGAGGAAAGGGAUCACAGGCAUGCGUGUACAUGCACUCUGUCUAUGACUAAUAGAAUGGUGCUCAGAGUUCUUCGCCUUUUACUCCUAACGCAGCCUAUGCCAGGCUGGGGAUCUCAGAGAAACUGCCUUCAAGGGACCUUUGGUGACACUUAACCAUACUUAGAAGGGUGGGGCAUGUGUAAUAGAGGCAGUAUUGCCACUGAUGUUAUUUAUUUUUCAACAGCGAGAACUUUCAAAGGCUUCCAAAUCUGAUGCUACUUCUGGAAUCCUCAAUUCAACCAACAUCCAGUCCUGAGAAGCCCUGAUCAGUCAACCAGCUGGGGCUUCCUGUGCCUAGACUGGACCUAGUUAUAUGGGGGUGACCGUAGUUUUUCUUCAGCAUAGGCGUGCUUGAAACCCUGGACAGGUUCCAUGACCAUGGGCCUAACUUAAAGAUGUGAAUGAGUGUUACAGAUGAAAGUCCAUCAUAGGUUUGGUGGUCCUAGGAGACUUGGUUUUGACUUAAAUACAUUAAAAGUUUAUGGCAGGAAGUGCAAAUUUUAGCAUAUGGGGCCUGACCUCUACCACAUAAUUCUACUUGCUGAAGCAUGAUCAAAGCUUGUUUUAUUUCACCACUGUGUAGGAAAAUGACUGACUAUGCCCAUCCCUGGGGUAAUUCUGGCAUGUAUACCUGUAACUAGUAAUUAACAUCUUUUUUGUUUAGGCAUGUUCAAUUAAUGCUGUAGCUAUCAUAGCUUUGCUCUCACCUGAAGCUUUGUCCCCACCACACAGGACAGCCUUCCUCCUGAUGAGAAUGUCUGUGUGUCUGAAGUUGAGAUGGCCUGCCCUACUGCCAAAGAGGUGACAGGAAGGCUGGGAACUGCUUUGUUAAAUUGUGUUCAGUUCUGUUACACAGUGCAAUGCCCUUUGUUGGGGGUAUGCAUGUAUGAACACACAUGCUUGUUGGAAUGCUUUCCUCAGCGUUUGUCCCUGGCUCCCAUCUCCCCAUUCCUGUGCCUACUUUGCCUGAGUUCUUCUACCCCUGCAGUUGCCAGCUGCAUUGGGAGUCUGUUUGUUCCAAUGGGUUGGGCUGUCUUUGUCGUGGAGAUCUGGAACUUUGCACAUGUCACUACUGGGGAGUUGUUCCUGCUCUAGCAUCCACGAUGAGAUGCCCUCUUUACCUACCCUCUCAAUCACUACUCUUUUUGAAGCACUAUUAUUUAUUCUUCCUCUGUCUGCCUGCAGCAGUACUACUGUCAACAUAGUGUAAAUGGUUCUCAAAAGCUUACCAGUGUGGACUUGGUCUGUGUCAGCCACACUUGUUUACUCAUACAGUACGUGUCCUGUUUUUAAAAUAUAAAAUUAUUCUUAAAAAUAAAUUAAAAUCUGUAUACUUACAUUUCAAAAAGA